AUGCCAACUGAACUAGACAAUCAUAUCUCCAAAAUAAAUGAAUACAAAAAAUCCGUCUGCUCCACAUAUGAAAAAGUGCAGGAGUAUAACUCUGGACCUGGUGAGAAUGUACUGCUGGAUGACCGCUACACUGAGCUGCUGAUCGUUGAGACACACAGAAAGCAGAGAGAAAGAGAGGAGGAGAUCCGUCUUAGAGGAGAACAUCACCAGCAGGUCUUAAAAACCAGGGCCAGUGAAGCGUACAGCAGAAUCUCUGUUGACCAGUUGUUCAAACCCGAUGACCGUGGAGAUGUUCCAAAGGCAGUCAUUCUCCAGGGCCACUCUGGACAUGGCAAAUCCUUCACUGCUCAGAAGAUCAUGUAUGACUGGGCCUCAGGAAAAGUAUUCAACCUGUUCGACCUUGUUCUUCACCUUAAAUGCAAAGAGUUUAAUGAAAUCUCAGAGGCGCACAGUCUGGUGGAUCUCCUGAGCUACUCUCCAAGCUUCACCAGUGCGACAGUAGAGGUGCUGAAGGACUCAAAAAUGAAUGUGCUCUUCCUCAUUGAUGGCUUUGAUGAGCUCAAGUUCUCAUUUGAGAAAACUAGCACAGUGCCACCUAAAGACCCUUUCAGAGAAGCUCCUGUUGAGGCCACUCUGAGUGCUCUGCUGAAGGGGCUUGUCCUGCCUAAGUGCUUCCUGCUGGUCACCACCAGGUCCACUGCUUCAGACAAACUGAGCGAUCUGCUCAGUGUUUCUCAGCGUUUCACUGACAUCCUAGGCUUCACUGAGGAGGGGGUGAAGGAGUACUUCCAGAGAUUUUUCAAAGAAGAGCUGCUAGCAAAGAAGAAAGCAUUCGACUGUGUGAGUAUCAAAGAAGAACUGCUAGCAAAGAAAGCAUUUCACUGUGUGAGGAUCAAUGAGACUUUGUACACUGCCUGCUUCAUCCCCGUCAUAUGCUGGAUCACCUGCACAGUUUUCAGGGAGCAAGAAAAAGAAGGAAUGGACAUCACUAAGGAAUUAGAAACAUCCACCGCUAUAUUUGUGCACUUUGUGUCCAUUCUGCUGGAGCAUCACUGCCAGGGUUUGAGUCAGCCUGAAACACUGCUGAGGAGCCUGGGCCAGCUGGCAGAGAGAGGGUUACAGGAACAUCAAGUCCUGUUUGAUGAGAUGAGUUUGUCUGAGGCUUUCCCUGAUCCAUCACAAGCAACCAAAUACAAUCCUUUCCUCUGCAAAUUCUUGCUAAAGAGGAAAGUUAAACAGGAAAGAAUGUACAGUUUCAUGCAUCUGAGCUUCCAGGAGUUCUUCACUGCUCUCCAGUACCUGAUGUUGGAGAAUGAGGAAGAGGCACUUGACAAACUACAGGUGUUGUUAGAAAACUCUGAGGGUUUUAAACCUGUUGUUCAAUUCCUUUUUGGGCUUUCAAACAGAAGCAUUGUCACACACCUGAUAAAGCAGUCCAGACCAUCCAUUAAAGCUCAUCUGCAGAAGUGGCUUCUAAGCAUUUUGCAAAAUCACAGAAUGCAUAAAGAGGAUAUGCUGCAUAUACUUCAUUGUCUCUAUGAGCUCCAUGAGGAGGAGUUUGUAAUGGAAGCCAUGGGAGUCUGGGGUGAGAUCAAGUUGAACUACAUUCCCCUGACGAGGACAGACUGCUGGGUGCUGCUGUACUGCCUGCAGUGUUGCCCGACCAUCAGAAGCCUGGAGCUCACGGAGUGCAACAUAACAGUAGAGAAGCUGAGGAUGCUGCAGCCUGCACUGAGCAGGUGUGAGAAGCUGGGGUUAACUGUGGAGAGGCUGUCAGAUGCUGAAGUUGGUGUCCUGAUCUCAGCUCUGGGGGAGGGGAGGAACCUGUCUGAAUUAAGACAAAAGUCUGUGGGUAACGUCUGUCUGUCUGUGCCGACCAUCACUGGCACCACCAUGGCCCUGUGCUUGGACUUCAUUCAGAACACAGAGACGUGCCGUCAGCUGAGGAGGAGAUGCACUAAACCCGGUGGGAAGUGUGGUGAGGAAGAUGCCAAACUGCCCUGCAACCAGCGUGUGAAGAUCCAAAUGAAGGGGCCAGAUGUCACUGUGGAGUUGGUGGUGAGAUGCCUGACUGAGAGCUUGGCCAGCAGUAUCCUCAACCUCAUCCACACGUACCCCACUGUGAAGGAAGUAAGGAGGAGAUGCACUAAACCCAGUGGUAAGUGUAGUGAGGAAGAUGCCGAACUGCCCUGCAACCAGUGUGUGAAGAUCCAAAUGAGGGGGCAACAUGUCACUGUGGAGUUGGUGGUGAGAAGCCUGACUGAGAGCUUGGCCAGUAUCCUCAACCUCAUCCACACGUACCCCGCUGUGAAGGAAGUAAGUACCGCACGCAGCCAGGAGAUGGCGCUAACCCUUACCAUUACCCUGAGGACAUCCGGUGGGCAGAGUCCCUGA